AUGGAAUCAUCCUUAGAAAGUUAUUUUGACCAGUCUAUUGAAAACGAUGAUCACCCAACAAAUCAUUCCCAUGUCUACAAUCCUAUGAUUGCUUAUGACUCGGACUUAAUAAUUGAGGACUCUUGUUACACACCUCAACUUCUUCAACCUCAAGAACCUACUACAGAGCUUACAUCAGCAGAUCUUAGUUUUCUCAGUGACCAAGAGGAUAAUGAUACAAAAGAAUAUACAAGUCAAGAGGCAAAGGUAAAGCAGAGUCAACUGCUGUCAGAAAUCCAGAGUAACAAUGGUGUUGGUACACCUGGACCUGAAAAUGCUACCCAGUUAUCGUACCAGUCAACAAAUGAUAUAGUUUCCACCCCAAUUAACAAUGAAGCACUUUCAAUUUUCCCAAUACCAAUGACGCCUAUGACUCCGGUAACACCAAUGACCCCUGUAGAAAGUUCUGGAAUAUGUCCCCAGUUACAAAAUAUUGUUUCCACUGUUAAUUUGGCCUGCAAAUUGGACCUGAAGAGAAUAGCUCUAUGUGCAAGAAAUGCAGAAUAUAACCCAAAGCGGUUUGCUGCAGUGAUAAUGCGAAUAAGAGAACCCAGAACUACAGCACUAAUCUUCAGUUCAGGCAAGAUGGUUUGCACUGGAGCUAAAAGUGAGGAACAGUCUCGAUUAGCAGCUAGGAAAUAUGCACGUGUUGUUCAGAAACUUGGAUUUCCAGCAAAGUUUCUUGAUUUUAAAAUCCAGAACAUGGUUGGAAGUUGUGAUGUGAAAUUUCCCAUCAGAUUAGAGGGUUUGGUUCUUACGCACCAACAGUUCAGCAGUUACGAACCAGAACUGUUCCCAGGUCUUAUUUACAGAAUGGUCAAACCAAGAAUUGUUCUGCUUAUAUUUGUUUCCGGCAAGGUUGUUUUGACAGGUGCCAAAGUACGUUCGGAGAUCUAUGAAGCUUUUGAGAACAUCUAUCCCAUUUUAAAGGGCUUUAAGAAGGCAUAGUGGCAAAACCAGAAUCCUUUCAUAGACAUUCUUA